AUGGAGCGUCUCAACCAGAAGACCAUCACCGUUUCCCGUUCCUACACUUACACUUACUACACUCACCCAGCCAACGAAGGCCGGCCAACUGUUCUUCUCAUCCACGGCUGGCCCGACAGCGCAGAGACCUGGUCCGGCUUCAUCACAGAGCAUCUCAUCCCCAGCGGCUACGGGGUCGUAGCUCUGGACUGUCUGGGUUAUGGCGGCACCUCGAAACCUCUAAACGAGAAAGAGUACGACUUCCGCGCCAUGAGUGCAGACAUCGUCGACACAGAGAAGUUAACGACGGUGGCCUGUCUGGCGCAUGACUGGGGCGUCGGCCUCGCAAGCCCCGUAUCAUACUUCCCACCUAUGCCUGCCCCAUUCGACCUAGACGCCCUGAUCCAGUACCAGCUCCAGCAUCAAACUCCAGACAAGCCAUCCAUCACAUCCGAGUACUGGCGGCUCUUCACCCCGGACGACGCACCGCAGAUCUUCCUCGCGCACCUCGAAAGUCUGUGGACCGUCCUGUACGGCGAGCCCCAAACCUGGCGGGAACUCUGGUCCGUCAGGGACGGCAUGCGCAAUUUCCUGCUGGCCGACAGACUGUAG